UAAGUAUCGGUCGACCUAUUUUGCAGUCGAGCAGCAUAUUAAUUACAUCUGCGGUUGAUUUUGCACUUUGAUUUCGUCGUCUGCUAGUAGAGAUUUUGAUGUUGCAUCAGUCAUAGAUAAAUUAAGCGUCCCGAAGAGUUCAGAUCGUUUCUGCUAUGCGUCACGCUCAGCGAAUUAAAAGUAUUCUGUGCUUGAUUGUUCGAUUUUGGUUAUGAAGGGUGUAACGGUUUCGUUUUCGCUUUCCAUCGUUUCACCGUGGAAUGGUCAGCCUUGUACGAAAUUCAAAUACGUCCAGUAGCAGCGUUGCUGAUGGAACGUAAACAUAACCUGCUUACGUCGUUUCUAGUGCUCCAAUUUCAAAGAGUUUUAAACUGUACACACUGUGCGAGCGUUCCUAUGCUUUAACAAAGUGUCAGUUUUUAAUUGGUGCGUUUAUUAGGGUGCUGUGUUUUUCGAUACAUCUCUCAAUAUGGACGACGAGGAAUGCUUUCAACCAGUGUUGAGUUCUCAAGAGGAAGAUGAAUUUAAAACAUUGGAUACUGUUCCAAUUGUAUCUGUUCCCCUUGUAUUUGGCGUGUGCUUAGAAAUUGCAGGAAUUAUAUUUGUGUGCGUAUGGCCUGAGGAACGAAAUAAAUGUGACACAUAUUUUAUAUACUUGUAUCUUCAUUGCGCUUACUGGUUGAUAAUUAUGAUGACGGAUCAUUUUGUCAAAGCCAAGCAUCAUAACUUGCGUAUUUAUGGGUACCUUGAUUUCUAUCAGUCAACGUAUCAACACAUAAGAACCCCCUUAUUCAUAGCAUCGCUGUGGAUCGUGUGUUAUUUAAUGUUGGCUGUUAUUUUACACCAUACGCAUAAAAUGAAUUACGAACAAUACUGUAGAGCAUCCGAAUGGUUUACACCGUUGAAUUAUAUCGUAUUUUUAACCACAUUGGAACUGCUGAUUAUAGUGCCAGUUUAUGUAAAUUAUAUUAAAAGGGUUCUAAAGUUCAACAAAGUACGUCCACCGCCAGAUGUUACACGAGAGGAAUGGUUAUCGUCUUUCACUCAAGAUACGUAUGCAGGUAGUGGAGAAGUAGGUUACCAUCAUACAGGAUCAAAUUUGGAAGAGUUAUUAGAGAAACAGGCAGAUUUGAUAAGAUAUUUGAGAGAUCAUAACGUUAAAUUGAGUCACAGGAUGAUGAUGCUAGCGGUUCAACAUAGAUUACCAGAAGCAUAAAUAAUUUAUAUGAACUACAAGCUUUUAGAUUAAUUAUAUUCUUUCAUAAAAAACAAAAAAGAGAAUGAGAAGUUGGAUAAUAUUAUGCACACUUUACAAACUAUGCAUUUAAUGCAGAGUUUUAGAUAAAAUACAGGAAACCUUGCAUAGAAAUCUCAAGUGAUAAGAAGGAAAUAUGUCUAUACAAUUUACGCAAUCUUCCACACUUGAUUUUAUGCUUAUUACGUUUACCGCAUAAAUGUGUUGUGUUUAUUGAACUUCCUACGAUAUUAUAUACAUAUUACUAUGCCGUUUAUGGUAUCCUCAUUUGUAUCGAAGGUCUACACUCUCUCUUCUAUAGUCAGUGUUAAACAUUUACUAGACUUGAAUGAUUGCAUACAAAUUUUGAUAACGAUAUAUACAUAUAUAAUCAAACAUAGCUAUUAAUAUUAUGUUCAUUCAAUCAAAGAACCAUUAUGACUUGGAAAUAAAACACCAUCGAUCAUAGAACUAGUAUUAUUAUGACACAAAAAUCAUAAUGUAAUCUAAUUAGGAAUCAAAAGUAAUUUCUGUGAUAAAAAUGUAUAUACUUAACAACUCGAAUAAAAUUAUAUUUUUUUGAUCGUA